AUGCUGGCAAUGAAUCGGUUCUUGAGGAGUCAAUUGAUCUCAGUUCCGAGACGCCGUCCAAGGCUCUGUUUUGGAAGGUUAUAUCAUAUCAAGAUAUCAAACGAAAUUCAACAAGCAUUGAAUGCCAGGAAACCCAUCGUGGCACUUGAAUCUACAAUUAUUACACAUGGGCUACCUUAUCCGCAGAAUAUUGAAAUGGCUAUUCAAGUGGAGUCUGUUAUUAGAGAAAAUGGAGCGAUACCAGCCACAAUUGCAUUUUUGGAUGGUGAACCACGAAUUGGGCUUUCAGUUGAUGAAGUUCGUCAAUUGGCUGGGUUUGCAUUGCAGGGAGCCGUAAAUAAGGUUUCUCGAAGGGAUAUAUCUUAUACAAUGGCAAAACGAAUGCACGGUGGAACGACGAUAUCAGGUACGAUGAUUCUAUCGCAUAUGGCUGGAAUAAAAGUGUUUGCUACUGGUGGACUGGGCGGCGUCCAUAAAGGUGCUGAGAUUACUAUGGAUAUCAGUGCUGAUCUCGAAGAAUUGGGUAGAACUCCCGUGGCAGUUGUAUGUGCUGGUCCUAAGGCCAUCUUGGAUAUCGAAAAAACGAUGGAAUACUUGGAGACAAAAGGCUGUACUGUAGCCACGAUGGGGCCGGAUGGCACCAAUAUACCGGGGUUUUUUACAAGAGACUCUGGUGUAAAAUCUCCUGUGAUUUUUCAGACAUGUAAAGAAGCGGCAGAGAUUAUAAAGGCUGGUGAUUUUAUGGACUUACAAUCGGGAUAUCUUUUCUGCGUUCCACCUCCUGCGGAUGCUGCACUUGAUAGUACAUUAGUCGCAGAAACUAUUGAUAGGGCGACCGAAGAGGCUCAAAGAUUGGGCGUAAAUGGUAAGAAACUGACGCCGUUCUUACUUGGUGAAAUAGCACGUAGGACAGCUGGCAAAUCUGUCGAAAGCAAUGUUCAGUUUGUUAUGAAUAAUGCCAAAAUUGCAGCUCAAAUAGCUGUCGAAUUGGCGUCGUCUUCUGAUGUUUCACUGAGCAAGGUUGAAGCGCAAGCGCAGGCUGGAUCAAUCGAUGCUGCUUUGCAUACAACGGCAAGAAUUUUAAGAGGCCCUGUCGUGGUAGGUUCGGUCGCAAUGGAUACACAUUGUUCUCUGCGGGAGCCGGUAAAAAUGGCCGACUCAAACCCUGGCAGUACCCGCUCAGCGAUAGGAGGUGUUGGCUACAAUGUCGCACUUGCAUCAUUUCUUUCAAACUCCGAGAGUGCAAAUCAUACGACCUUGAUAAGUGCUGUUGGCAGCGAUUUAUCAGGCUCGGCGAUUUUGGACAAGGCAAAGAUACCUGUUGAUGCAAUUCAUAUAGACAAGACAUUACCCACAGCUCAGUACAUUUCGCUACAUCGGAAAAAUGGUGAGCUAAUUAUUGCAUGUGCUGAUAUGAAGAUCGCAGCCGAAUUACCUGAAAAGCAUUUGAUGGACCAGUUACAGAGAUUAAAGCCUGGUGUUAUUCUAACAGAUGCAAACGUGUCUGUAAAGAUUUUGGAAACUUUAGUCGAAUUGCAACAGCGGCAAAAGUUUCGUUUGAUCUUCGAGCCAACUUCACAAGUCAAAGCCACCAAAAUCAGCGAAUUGAAGAAUUUGAAAGUUUAUCCAAACAAUUCUUUUUACCUCGCGACGCCAACCGUUUGUGAGUUGAAAAGCAUUUUCGAGUCUUUUGAUAAACAAGGACUGUUUAAUAUUGAUAAUUGGUUUCCCGUUCUUGAUUGCCUGCAGGUUGAUAUCAAUCUGAAAGAAUUUCAGCGCACGAGUAAUACCACCAUUGUUCAAGAUGUGCUGAAGAGAGGUAUUUUCCAAAUGGGAUGCUAUCUAUUGCCUUAUUUCCCUCGCAUUAUUGUUAAAGACGGAGCAAAUGGUCUCUAUGUUUUUGCUCUGACCCAGGAUGUGACUAAGUCCCCCCACCAAAGUACAGGAGCAGACGUAUCCUUCGCUUCCAUUGGCCGUGAUUUCAUGGGAGGCAAAUUAGGACUGUUGUUCGAACACUAUCCAAUACCGAAUGCCAAUAUCACGGUGCGUAACGUUACUGCUGCUGGUGAUACAUUGGCAGGCGUGAUCUUAAAUGAGAUAAACGAAAAUGGUGACGUUUUCUCCAUGGGUUCGACGGUAAGAUCGAAAAGUGUAAGAAAAUCUCAACUUGGUGCGCAGAUGUCAGUUGAAUUCGAAGGCGGUGUUAGUCCAAAGCUCAAGAAUUUAACUUGA